AUGAUACAUCGCAAAUCGACCACCAUCUCCGCCGAGCAAGAAUACGAGGCCUCACAACGGAAGAGGAUAGACAUCCGUGAACUCGACAACCACAGCCACGUCUCUUGCCAUCCCAAUAUCGUUACAUUCCAUAAAGCCAUCUUCCACGACGAAUUUUUCUAUGUCGUACCGGAUCUCUGCGAAGGAGGCGAUCUCUUUGACACGAUUCUCCAGAAAUCCUUCUACCCACGGGAUGACAGUGUGUACCAUCGUAAUAUCAAGCCGGAGAAUAUUAUUUGUUCAGAGGAUGGUUCACGGAUUUACCUCACUGACUUUGGUAUGUCGACACAGAACAAGACCUCGACUUUCCAUGAUCGUAUUUCCUUGACUGAUCUUCAACGUGAAAUUGCCGAACUCGAGACAUUCUUCUCCGAUGAACCUCCUUCCGAUUCAUCGUCUCACAAUUCUCCUGUUCUCCUACGUUCCAUCUCAUGGCUAGGCUCCACCCCUCCGAGCGAGAUUGGUGCGAUGCAUAUCGAUGACACUGGUGUUCUUCUAGUCGCCCGCAGUACAAUAGAAGCAGGUGUCACGGGUGACGACUCUCUUGCGCUCGAUCUUCGGGCAAUCCAUCUUGUUGGUGUCGACAGGCCUGUCAGUGCUCCAGCCAUCAUGAACUCGCAAUUCGUAGGUGAUGAGAGCGGCAUAAUGUCCGUACCGCUAUUAUUGCAGGCUAUCCAUCCCGUGAUGUCCUGCAGAUCGAUUGUUUCGUCAGUGGACAGCGAUAGACCUAUAGAAGGCGAAGGUAUUGGCGAGUUGGACAUAGCAUUUGUGGUCAAGGAUGACGAUAAUGAUAUUCAACCGGCUGAUCUGGCUGACGGCGCUGGUUCGCAGAAGAAACGGGGGGUUCUUCCGGGGGUUUGUUCAGAAAUUGGUUGCGUCCUGGAAUAG